GACCUUAACCUACAAAGGGUAGAACACAAUCCAUUAGAAUUUUCUCUUGUCGCAAAAGCAAGUAGAGCAAUACGCGCUCCUAUCUUGUUCCACAAUUCAUUCUUCUUUUCUCUCUCUGAAAUUUCUCUCUCGUUUUUGGUCAUAGUCAAAUUCCAAUAACAAACCCUUACCCCUUCUUUUCCGAAUCUUGAAUUCCAAUAACAACAACAAGCAACUCUUCUUCUUCUCCUGGGUAAGAAUUUCUCUUUCUUCACUUUACACCAAUCACAAAAUUAGGGUUUAUUGAGGAAAAGAUGAGAAAUUAAGCUUCUGGGUCUGUGUUUUUUCACCUUUUCAAUCAAAAAGAUUGUUCCUUUUUGUGAUAUUUUAUUAAAAAUUUAAUUUUGAUUGGGUUUGGUCUUCUGGGUUGGUGUGUUUCAUCACACCCAGAUAUAGUUAAGCUUUAAUUUGAAUUUCAGUGAUUUGUACAGAUAUAUGGCUUUAGAAUUGUAACAUUGGUAUAAUUAGGGUUUUUUUUGGCUUAAAGUCAAAGCCUUUAGCUUUUUUCAUUGAAUUUGAUUUCAUUCAUUAAAAUAGUUGAAAAAUGUCUUCUGCUGGUGUAACUAUUCUGAGUCCUGUUUCAAGGGAGAAAUUGUUGUCUCCAACCAAUGGAUUAUGUAAUCCGCUGCACUUGUCUUCGAAUCUUCAUGAUUUUAUUUUCGUUUAUCUUUCGUAUUCGGGGUCUUUGUCUCCGAUGCGUGUGCUACCUUCGGAUACAAUCGAGUCCGUAAAGCUCAAAAUUCAAAGGAAUGAAGGGGUGACAAACAAACAGAAGUUGGUUUGUAAUGGCCGUGAGUUGUCGCGUAGCAAUUCUUUACUCAAGGAUUAUGGGGUUACAGAAGGGAAUGUUUUGCAUUUGGUGAUUCGACUGGCAGAUCUACAGACCAUCAGUGUGAGAACUUGUUCCGGGAAGGAGUAUUCCUUUCAGGUUGAAAGGUGUAAGGAUGUUUGGUAUGUUAAGAAACAGAUUGCGGAAAAGGAAAAAGAGUUUGCUGAUCCUGAGCAGCAGGAGGUUGUGUGUAACGGGGAGCUGCUUGAUGAUCAGAAGCUUAUUGAUGAUAUCUGUAGCAAUUAUAAUGAUGCAGUUAUACAUCUUUUUGUUAGAACAAAAUAUGCGGAUGUUAGUACAGGGCUUGAUGAGUUGUCUAUUGAAGCAAAAGAAUUGAAUGAUUCGAAGAAUUCUGAUGCCAAGGAAGCUGAUUACGUGAGGAAAUAUGAUAGCGAAGAAGAUGCGAGAAAGGAGUAUGAAGCUAUCGAACGAAUUAUGUCGAGAAAAGCUCCUGGUGGAGGUCUUGUUUUGGAGCCGGUUAUUGUUAACCCUAAAGUUGAACUAGCUUCAGAGGUUUGGGAUAUGAUAAACACUACAUAUGAUGGGCUAGAUAGUGGUAAUUCUCCAAUCAGAUCUGCAGAGGGUACAGGUGGGGCUUACUUUAUGCUCGACUCAACAGGGCAAAAAUAUGUAUCGGUUUUCAAGCCUAUGGAUGAAGAGCCGAUGGCUGUGAAUAACCCUAGAGGUUUACCUUUGUCGUUAGACGGCCAGGGCUUAAAAAAGGGUACAAGAGUUGGCCAAGGAGCUUUCAGGGAAGUUGCUGCUUAUAUUUUGGAUCAUCCAAUGAGUGGCCGCCGAUCAUUAUUUGGUGAUGAGAAAGGAUUUGCUGGUGUUCCUCCGACUGUUAUGGCUAAGUGCUUGCACAAAGCAUUUAACCAUCCAGAGGGUUUGACUGCUAAGUUUGGUUCCUUGCAAAUGUUCGUGGAGAAUAAUGGAAGUUGUGAGGAUAUGGGACCUGGCGCUUUUCCGGUGAAGGAAGUGCAUAAAAUUACUGUGCUGGACAUGAGACUUGCAAAUGCAGAUAGGCAUGCUGGGAAUAUUUUGCUUGGCAAAGAGAAGAAAAAUGGCCAGGCUGUUUUGAUUCCAAUUGAUCAUGGAUACUGCCUUCCCACUAGUUUUGAAGAUUGUACCUUUGAAUGGCUUUAUUGGCCUCAAGCUCGCCAGCCAUACUCUCCAGAGAUCAUUGACUACAUAAAGUCACUUGAUGCUGAAGAAGAUAUUGCCCUUCUGAAGUUUCAUGGAUGGGAUCUGCCACUCGAAUGUGCCCGCACUCUCCGAAUCUCGACCAUGCUUCUGAAAAAAGGAGUGGGGAAAGGGAUGACCCCUUUUGCCAUUGGAAGCCUGAUGUGCCGAGAAUCGUUGAACAAAGAGUCUGUGAUUGAAGGAAUUUUUAAAGCAGCACUUGAUUCUGUUCUUCCUGGUACUAGUGAAGCUACUUUUAUGGAUGCUGUUUCUGAGAUUAUGGACCAGCACCUUGAUGAGAUCACCAGCAAUUAUAAUUCUUAAUGAAGUUGAAUUCUGCUAUAGGAUUUGGUAUGUGUAUGUAUGUGUACAUGUAUUCUAGUACAUAACUAUAGCCAAUGAUUGUCUUUUUUUUUUUUUUUAAAAUUGUUUUCACAGUAAUGGGUAAUGACUCCCUUGGUCUUAACACAUUCUUUCAUCAAAAUUACCUUAUAUUUUACCUCUUAAUUUAUUAUAGCAUAAUGUAUAUGCUUUGUAGAAGUGAAAUGAGACCAAUUUUGGAACUUGAGUUAA